CAUCUGAUGCCCGUGCCCCGCGCUGCUGCAUAAUGCCGAGGGGAUUCCUAGUGAAGAGGAACAGGAAAGCAUGCGGCUCAUACAGGAUCCCUUGUGAGGACAGCGGCUCAGCCCAAGAUUUUGCCAUCAUCAACGUGCUGGCACCUUACAGCCCCAUGGUGCCCACAUGUUCAGAGGGGACUGAUCGUGAGAAGCAACCACCUGCUGAAGAUGCCCCCCAGCAAGUGCCCAGUGAUGCCCCCCCUUUGAAAGCUGGAGGAGGCUUGGAGAAUGCCUGGAUCAGCCUUCCAUACAGCCCUGUACAGCCUGUGGGGCUGGAGAUGAAGAAGACUUUUUUUAAGCGAUAUCUCAGCUCUCCGGCGACAGCAGAAUCCUUCCCUGUGAGCGCUGCCUUCUCCUCCAUGGAGAAACUCAUCUCCCAACACCACAACCCCUUCCUCACCCCCCAGGACACCAAGCUGCAUGCCAAGGAAGCGCCCAGGUCCACCAAGGUCCCGUCCAAGAAGCACAAAGCCAGCAGGAAGCUCCACUUCACCGAUGAGGUCACCACCUCCCCGGUGCUGGGCUUGAAGAUCAAGGCGGAGGAGCCCUCUGUCACUGCCCGCUGCCCCCUGGGCAAGCGCCCACCACUGGGGGAGUUCAUCUGCCAGCUGUGUAAGGAGCAGUACCCGGACCCCUUCGCUCUGGCUCAGCAUAAGUGCUCCAGGAUAGUGCGGGUGGAGUACAGGUGCCCGGAAUGUGAUAAGGUAUUCAGCUGUCCGGCCAACCUGGCAUCACAUAGAAGGUGGCACAAGCCAAGGGCCAUGGGGGGCGAAGUGGGGAAGAAAGUUCAGAUGCCGCUGGAGGGGAAAGAGAACAGCAACGGGAGAGGAGCUGCGAUCAGCCUGAUUCAGCACCAGCAGAGUGUGGACAGCUCCAGGGGUCAGCAACACCAGAGUGUGGACAGCUCCAGGGGUCAGAAUCACCAGAGUAUGGACAGCUCCAGGGGUCAGCACCACCAGAGUAUGGACAGUUCCAGGGUUCAGCACCACCAGAGUAUGGACAGCUCCAGGGUUCAGCACCACCAGAGUAUGGACAGCUCCAGGGUUCAGCACCACCAGAGUAUGGACAGCUCCAGGGUUCAGCACCACCAGAGUGUGGACAGCUCCAGGGGUCAGAAUCACCAGAGUGUGGACAGCUCCAGGGGUCAGAAUCACCAGAGUAUGGACAGCUCCAAGGUUCAGCACCACCAGAAUGUGGACAGCUCCAGGGUUCAGCACCACCAAAGUAUGGACAGUUCCAGGGUUCAGCACCACCAGAAUAUGGACAGCUCCAGGGUUCAGAAUCACCAGAGUAUGGACAGCUCCAGGGGUCAGAACCACCAGAGUAUGGACAGCUCCAGAGGUCACAACCACCAGAAUGUGGACAGCUCCCUAACCACUACGCUCCUGCGCACCCCGAGCCGGGAGGACAGCCACCCUCCGGGCUCACAGCCCACACCUGAGGAAAGCAACGAGGAGGAGGCUUUUCACUGCCCUUACUGUCACAAGAGAUUCCGGAGACAUGCCUACCUCCGCAAACACCUUAUCACCCACCAGCCCUACAGCCCCAUAGACAGGGGGCAGCUCACCUACCCCUGUGCCCUUUGUGGGGUUCACUUCCCUUCCAUGGACAUCAGAGACAAGCACAGGUUAUGGCAUGCGGUGAGAGAAGAGCUGCUGCUUCCCCUAGAAGAAGCUCUGGUGGCUGAAGGUGGUCAGCAGAUCUUCCCCUGUGAACUUUGCCCCACUGCCUUCUUCAGCUCCCCUGGACUGACCCUACACAUAAGCAAGUGUCAUUCUGCAGAGAGCAGGCAGGACCGGUCAGCACCAAUCCCACUGGGACCUGGCUGCUGAGAGGUCCUCUGAAAGUGUAUGUAUGGCCAAAAGUUUUUUUUUUUCAAAGCCGAACUCCCAAAAAGUCCUUCCUUGCAGUGGGACUGCCCUCACAAUGCAAGGGGUUAACUGCACCUUUAUGUCUAGGGGACCAGGUAAAGCACUUACCUGAUCUUCUGCUCCUGUAGGCUCCAGAAGCCUCCUUUCUGAACUUCGGCAGUCUAAGAUCCUCCAUCAAGAUUGAUACAGGGAUCAUAGCCCUGCCCCAGGUGCGAAUAUGUCAGGGUAUAGUCCACAUUGUUUAGGGGGGGGGGGGGUUCAUGGACAGCGGAUAAGGUAAGUAAAAGUGUUAUUAGUUUCCCAUACAUGAGAAAGUGACCUCUGCAGUUCAGGCGCAGCUCCAAUGCAAGGGGGAUCUUUACUUUACCCAGCCCAGUUGGGCAUUACGUUUCAGAUACAGAAGGUAACAUCCCUUUUUUUUUUUUGCGAUAUAUAAAAAGUAAAAAUCUCCCCAGCAUGAGGUACACAGGCAGCAAAAAAAACAACCUGACAAGGGUUCCAAUCCUUACUCAAUUUAUCCAAAAGUUUUGGCUGUACAUAUACACUAUUGCAUUUAUUUUAUGUACAAAUAUGCUAAGAACAUCAACAAAUCUGUAAGUAGGAGCCGUCAUAUAAAUACAAGACCUGAUGUAGUAUGUUAUUUCUUUGAAUUAAUUGUUUGCAGCCAUGUUUUCAUCUUUAUUAGGCUGACAAAAGGCUGCCUGUAGCGGAUUUAAAUGGGGCAGGAAGCUAACAGAGGAAAGGGGUAUACCUUCCACGAGAGUCACAAAUGAAAGGGCAUUUAGGACCCGAAACGAUGCUGUAUGUGUUCAUAAAAAUGUUACUUGUUUAUUAUUUUUUAAUAUUUUUUUUGUAAUUUGGGUUUUUGUGUUUACUGGUCUUGUAAAGAUUACGUAACCUAAGAACACACCUGCCUAAAGGACAUUCAUUCUUUUGAAACAUUCCUGUUCAGCCAGUUUGCUUUAGCCUUUCAUUUUUGACAACCUGUCGCUUUUCCAAAACAUUUUUGUCUAAUUUUAAUAUUUCACACUCUGGACAUUCUAAAGAUUAUGUGAAAGUCCCUUUUUCUUUGGAUUAAAGUAUUAUUAUCCAAAGUCCCAAUGUGUAUGUUACUGAGUUAACAGUUUGCCAAAACUUUUCUACCUUACUUCAAAGGAAAUAAACCAAAGUUUCUGUAUGCAGUUUGUGUUUCUUUGUGACAAAGUUUAGUAGUUUCAUAAUUUUGUAAUGUUUUCAAUGAGAAAAGCUUUAAGAGUUGUUAAACAUGGUAGAGCGGACUUUGUCAAUCUAGGUACUCCGAUUUACAAUACAAAAUAUUUAUGUACCAUCUUGCCAUGAUGAAGUAUCCUAGAAGUAGAUGUAUAUGUUUACAAAAUAAAUACUUUUCAUAAAAAAAAUUCCAUUACAUGGCAAUAAAAGCCUUUGUAAUUUUA